AAGGCCGCCUGGCUACACAACCUCCGACCAUCAAAUAGUGCUACAAUACUACUUGUAAUUGUGAGCAGACGACUUGAGGAACAACGAGUGGACGUGCACUCUGUAGCCAAACAAAUUCACCAUAACCAUAACCCAACUGCUCAAUAUAUACAGUGUAGUCAGAAAGGGUCAGACUGCUGUAAAUGGCGAAACGGGUCGCAAUCAUUGGAGCCGGGUGUAGCGGUCUCACUGCCAUCAAAUGUUGUGUGGACGAAAGUUUGGAGCCGUUUUGUUUUGAGCGAACUGACGAGCUCGGGGGAUUAUGGAAUUUCACAGAAAAGGUCCGCGAGGAUCAAGGAUGCGUGAUGAAGUCAACUGUCAUCAAUACAAGCAAGGAGAUGAUGUGUUUCAGCGACUUCCCUAUACCCAAAGAGUUCCCCAAUUUCAUGCACAACACUCAGGUAUGGCGGUACUUCAAGAUGUAUGCAGAUGCCUUCAGCCUACAGAAACACAUCCAAUACAACAAAGAGAUCCUAUCAGUGAAGAAGUCAAGUGACUACGACCAGACCGGAAGAUGGGAUCUGCAGAUCAGAGAUCACAAGACCGGAAGUGAGGAGACGCAGGUGUUUGACGCGGUGAUGGUGUGCACGGGUCAUCACGCCAGCAAGAACGUGCCGUACUUCACAGGUCAAGAGGACUUCCAGGGAAAGAUAAUUCACUCUCAUGACUACAAGGACUGGGCCGGGUACACUGGGAAGAGGGUCGUAGUUGUCGGUGUCGGCAACUCGGGCGGGGACGUGGCUGUGGAGCUGAGCAGGGUCGGGCAGGUGUUUCUGAGCACAAGGCGUGGUGCCUGGGUACUCAACAGAAUUGAGGACAAUGGCAUUCCCGGCGAUUUCCAAAUAGGCACUCGUUUUAUCAAUUCAAUACGACACGCUAUGCCCGAAAAGACACUGAGCAACAUAGUUGAGAAACAGCUGAACAAACGUUUCGACCACGAGCUGUACUCCUUGAAGCCUAAACACUCGGUAUUUGCUCAACAUCCUACUGUAAACGAUGAUAUGCCCAACAGAAUCUCGACUGGCUCUUUAAAGAUCAAGGCUGACAUCAAGAGGUUUACCAAGACUGGCGUGGAGUUCGUCGACGGGACGGUGGAAGAUGAUAUCGACGUUAUUAUACUGGCUACAGGAUAUAUAUUCGGCUUCCCGUUCAUAGAUAAAUCUGUGAUCGACGUUCAGAAGAAUAAGGUCAAGAUGUUCAAAUAUAUGUUUCCACCUGACCUACCGAAACAGACAUUGGUGGUGAUUGGUUGCUUUCAGCCUCUUGGCGCCAUUAUGCCCCUUGUAGAAUUGCAGUGUCGCCUGGCAACCAGAGUGUUCACAGGCAUAUGCAGUCUCCCUUCAAAGAACGAGAUGUGGGCAGACAUCGGGAAGAAGAAGGCGGCCAUGGCGGCGAGAUAUGUCGAGUCCCAGCGUCACACCAUCCAGGUUGACUACAUCGACUUCAUGGAUGAACUGGCAGAACUUGUGGAAUGUCGGCCGAAUAUAGGCCGUCUUCUGCUGACUGAUCCGCAACUUGGACUCAAGUGCUACUUCGGCCCCACCACCCCCUACCAAUACCGCCUGAGGGGGCCGGGCUCCUGGUCAGGGGCCCGGAAGGCCAUCAUGACCCAGACGUACAGAAUGGAGUACCCCUUUAAGACCAGACCUCUGACUGAAGGAACACAGAAGCAGUCGUCCCACAGACUCCUCACACUGGUGCUGCUAGUGGUGGUCGUUGCCGUCCUUUACCAAGUGUUCCUGUAAAUGAGUUGUGACGAGUUUGUCGGGCGAUUAUUACUCGGCAUGGAUUUAUUUUUUCUUCUUUUUAAAGAUUUACUGAAUUAUACACAGAUGAUCAUACACUUCCCAUAGUGGCAUUCAGGAUCAGGAAACUGUAAAGGAUGUCAAUGGUGUACAUACCCUUGACAUUUUGAGCGACACUUUUUGCUGAAUUAGGGGCGGGUUCCUUUCAUCAACUGAAAUUACUGCUGAAGUCUUAGUCUCGGCCUCAACCAUUUGUAAUACAUGUAAACACACACACACACACACACACACACACACACACACACACACACACACACACACACACACACACACACACACACACACAUACAUACAUACAUACAUAACCUUAUGUGCUGGGGUUUAUCUUAUUACCCAUACGGGCUAGGAUACACAGGUGAUUAUUUUUGUGAUAAUCGCACAUGUGCUUUUCAGUGAUCUCA